AUGAGGGCGAUGGCUCGCGGUCAGUCAGUCAUUUGUGAGAUGUCCUGGCUACUGGUGUCUCUGUUGUUCACCUCCUUGACCCUUACUUCAGCAGACAGCUCUCCUCAACCCUCCAAUACCGCCAAGGGCAAGCCACCUCUAUGGAAUGCUACGUGGACGGACGAGUUGAAACAUGACUUGCUGUUGAAGUACGACAAGUUCGCUCGACCCGCGCAGCACACCAACGUCACAGAGGUCACCUUCAAAGUGACCAUCUUACAUAUAGAAGUG